AUGUCAUCUACAGCAGCCCCCCCAGAUGCACCAAUUCAAGUGCUCUUAGACGACGUGCUCGAGAUUCCAGAUGAGCAAUUCGCCGCGAUGUCUCCUGUUGCCGAGCUCAUUGUCGGCGAGCUUCUUGCGUUCGAAUUUACCCGGCCUGACCCGGCCUGA